GUUCACUGAGCGAACAGUUCUGGUGUCGGUUCUGUUAGCCGGGUUAGCAGAAUAAAGGUUUCCAUAGCAACGCACCGUUAGUGAAGUGGCUCCGCCCCCCUCCUCAUUUUAACGCCUAUAUAAGGUCAUUUCCUCCUCAGCCUUACCUGUUCAGGUAUGCAGUUCAGACUGACCCGCAGCAUGAUACCAUCACUACCGAACCAUCUGCAGCUGAUGGACCCAAAAGGACUGGUUCUGGUUCCACGAGCCACGAUCCAUUGGAUCGCUGGGCUUCAUUCUGGUUCUGAGUAUAAAUCACUUCCUGCUCUAAUCAAGCCGCAACCCGGUUCUGAUGUGACCCGGUUGUUAAUGGAUCAAGCAGAACCAGCACCGUUUGGGUCCAGGCUCCAGGUUUUGGUGGUUCUGACUCCAGCUAGUGAUUCUCCAUCCAGAGCCGAACUGCUGCUGCUCUUCCGGUUCAGACCACCGGGUGGCAGCAGAGCGCCGCCACGCUUCGCUGAGACUCAGUUACCCAGAGUUCCCCGGGGAUGGGAGGGGCGGGGCCUACCUGUCCACACCUGCAGAGAAUCUGAAGACUGAAGGAAGAAACGGCGAACCGCGGGAGGAGGCGGCAUGCUGAAAGGGAACUGAACCGAACCGAACCGAACCGGAGGGCUCCGACCCGCAGCGAGCCGGUCCAAGUCCUGCCUGGUUCCAUCUGGACCCGCCAAGAUCCAGCCGGAUCCUUCUGGACCCAGAUUUCUCAACUCUGAUUUGAAGCAGGAAGUGGAGAAGCAGAAACAUGGGCAGCAAGGAGCGGUACCACUGGCAGGCCCAGAACGUGAAGGUGAGCGGAGUGGACGACAUGGUUCUGCUGUCCAAGAUCAACGAGGACGCCAUCACCGACAACCUGAAGAAGAGAUACAUGGACGACUACAUCUUCACUUACAUCGGGCCGGUUCUGAUCUCAGUGAACCCGUUCAAACAGCUGCCGUACUUCACAGAGAGAGAGGUGGAGAUGUACCAGGGAGCGGCGCAGUACGAGAACCCGCCCCACAUCUACGCUCUGGCCGACUCCAUGUACCGGAACAUGAUGAUCGACAGCGAGAACCAGUGCGUCAUCAUCAGCGGCGAGAGCGGAGCUGGGAAAACCGUCGCCGCCAAGUACAUCAUGAGCUACGUGUCCAAAGUGUCCGGAGGAGGAGAGAAAGUGCAGCGGGUCAAAGACAUCAUCCUGCAGUCCAACCCCCUGCUGGAGGCUUUUGGUAACGCAAAGACGGUCCGCAACAACAACUCCAGCCGAUUUGGAAAGUACUUUGAGAUCCAGUUCAGCCGGGGUGGAGCUCCUGACGGAGGGAAAAUCUCCAACUUCCUGCUGGAGAAAAGCCGAGUCGUCUCCCAGAACCCCGGAGAGAGGAACUUUCACAUCUACUACCAGCUUCUGGGCGGAGCCAGCGGGGAGCAGAGGGAGAACCUGGGGGUCACGACCCCGGACUACUACUUCUACCUGAACCAGUCAGGAACGUACACGGUGGAGGAUGUGGACGACAGGAAGGACUUCUCCGAUACCAUGGCCGCCAUGUCCGUCGUGGGUCUGUCUCUGGACGAUCAGGACUCGGUUCUGCAGCUGGUCGCAGGAAUCCUUCACCUGGGGAACAUCGGCUUCCGGGAGGAGAACAACUACGCCGUGGUGGAAAGCCAGGACUUCCUGGCGUUCCCGUCCUUCCUGCUGGGAAUCUCUCAGGACGGACUCUGCAACAAGCUCACCAGCCGGGUCAUGGACAGCAAGUGGGGCGGCAAGACCGAGUCCAUCUCCGUCACCCUGAACACGGAGCAGGCCUGCUUCUCCAGGGACGCCCUGUCCAAAGCGCUCUACGCCCGCCUCUUCGACUACCUGGUGGACUGCGUCAACAAGGCCAUGCAGAAGGAGACGGAGGAGCUGAACAUCGGAGUCCUGGACAUCUACGGCUUCGAGAUCUUCCAGAAAAACGGUUUUGAACAAUUCUGCAUCAACUUUGUGAACGAGAAGCUGCAGCAGAUCUUCAUUGAGCUGACGCUGAAGGCCGAGCAGGAGGAGUACGUCCAGGAGGGGAUCCGUUGGACCCCCAUUGAGUAUUUCAACAAUAAGGUGGUCUGUGACCUCAUUGAGUCCAAACUGAAUCCUCCUGGGGUGAUGAGCGUCCUGGACGACGUCUGCGCCACGAUGCACGCCAAGGGGGAGGGGGCGGACCAGACGCUGCUGCAGAAGCUGCAGGGACAAAUCGGGACCCACGAGCAUUUCAGCAGCUGGAACCGCGGCUUCAUCAUCCACCACUACGCUGGCAAGGUGUCGUAUGAUGUCGGCGGGUUCUGUGAGCGGAACCGGGAUGUCCUCUUCAAUGACAUCAUCGAGUUGAUGCAGAGCAGCGAGUAUCUGUUCAUCAGAGCGCUGUUCCCGGAGAACCUGGAGGUGGAAAAACGAGGCCGGCCGACCACGGCCAGCAGCAAGAUCAAGAAACAGGCCAACAGUCUGGUCCAGACCCUGAUGAAGUGCACGCCCCAUUACAUCCGGUGCAUCAAACCCAACGAGACCAAGCGGCCUCGAGACUGGGAGGAGACCCGGGUCCGGCACCAGGUGGAGUACCUGGGCCUGCGGGAGAACAUCCGGGUCCGCCGGGCCGGAUACGCUUACCGCCGUGUCUUCAACAAGUUCCUGCACAGGUACGCCAUCCUGACCAGAGAGACCUGGCCCGAGUGGCGGGGCGAGCAGCGCCAGGGCGUCCUGCACCUGCUGCGCUCCGUCAACAUGGAUCAGGACCAGUUCCAGCUGGGGACAGCCAAGGUCUUCAUCAAAGCUCCGGAGUCGCUCUUCCUGCUGGAGGAGAUGCGCGAGAGGAAAUUCAACGGCUACGCCCGCGUCAUCCAGAAGGCGUGGCGCAAACACAUCGCCGUCCGCAAAUACGUCAGGAUGAGGGAGGAAGCCUCAGACAUUCUGCUGAACAAGAAGGAACGCCGCAAGAACAGCAUCAACAGGAACUUUGUGGGCGACUACAUUGGAACCGACAACCACCCUGAGAUCCGGCAGUUUGUGGGUCGCCGAGAGAGAAUCGAUUUUUCUGACGUGGUCGUCAAGUUCGACCGACGCUUCAAGACGACGAAGUGUGACCUCAUCCUGACCCCAAAGUUCCUGUAUCUGAUUGGCCGAGAGAAGGUGAAGCAAGGUCCGGAUAAGGGUCAGAUCCGUGAGGUUCUUAAGAGGAAGAUCCAGCUCAACCGGAUCCAGUCAGUUUCUCUCAGCACGCUGCAGGACGACUUCUUCGUCGUCCAUGAGGAAGAGUACGACAGCGUCCUGCAGAGCGUCUUCAAGACCGAGUUCCUCAGUCUGCUGGUGAAACGGUACCAGGAGAACACGGACCGCAAGCUGGCGCUGAAGUUCAACAACCUCCUGGAGUUCAAGGUGAAGAAGGGCCGCCAUCUCUUCAGCUCGUCCGGUUCCAGGCAGAUCCAGUUCCAGGCGGGCCAGGGAGAUGAGGUGGUUCUGAAGCCCAGUGGUAAGGUUCUGCACGUCUCCAUCGGGCCGGGCCUCCCAAAGAACUCCAGACCGACCCGGAAGGAUAACCGCAAGAGCCGCUACAUGGGCGGCCAGGCUCCGCCCACCUACCAGAACCACUCAGCGCCUCGCAGCAGAGGGGGUGGGGCUUCCAGAGGAGGCCCCGCCCCCUCCAGAGGGUCCACUCUAAGGCAGCAGUCCAGCAUGGACCAACCCACCCUGCCCCGCCUCCAGAACCAGCACCGGCCCAGCAACCAGCUGAUCCAGAACCAGGACAUGGGCUUCAUGAACGUCCCUGACCAGGGAGCGGCGGGGUUCCACAGGCGUCUCUCCAAGGAGGUGAAGCCGGUUCCGGGAGCGGGUCGGCCUAAACCCAAACCUCGGUCCCCCCAGUGCAAAGCUCUGUACGCCUACGAUGCCCAGGACACCGACGAGCUGAGCUUCAACGCCGACGACGUCAUCGAGAUCCUCACUGAAGAUCCGUCGGGUUGGUGGUUCGGCCGGCUGCGGGGCAAAGAGGGGAUGUUCCCUGGAAACUACGUGGAGAAGAUCUAGACCUGGGGUCAGAGGUCAACCAUCAGGAGACACUUGGAGUCAAACACACGAUGUUCUGGUCUGUUUCAUCAGCCUGGGUCGGUUCUGAAGGGUUCCUGGUCUUGAUGAGCGGUUCUGUGAAGGAGUCGUUCCAUCAAUGUUGACAUCAGUAUUAGUAGCUAGCGCCUCCUUCAGGCCCCAAAGGGUUUUAUUCUCAUCACAGUUUGAUUCACUGUCUGAUUAAAUCAUGAAUUUAACUGAACCAAGUUCUGGUUCCGCUCCGGCUGAUCCAGCAUCAAUUUAGAAACAUGUUUAACGAUCAGAUUUAUAGUCUCCUCUGUUUCAUCCUUCAGUUUCGGUCUGAUUUCAGCCAUUAAUGCAGGCGGAGGUGGCACUACAUUACCCAGAGUUCCUGUUGGAAGGAGCGCUGCCUUCAAGUGCUGCUGGAAAUUAGACCUCUGAUCAGUCCGUGAUUUUUAUACACUGUCUGAAUAUUUCAUAUUAGCUCAUAUGUUGUAAAUCCUUUAAAGCUCAGAACAGAUUUUAGAUUAGAAUGUGUUUUUCUGACCAACAAAUUAAAUAAAAUCUGAUAGAAAUCUA